AUGGAGAUGUUUUAUCCUGUCACCAUUUUAGAGACUGGAUGGGAUAUUUUGUUCUUCUGGGUUACAAGAAUGAUCUUGUUGGGUAUUAAAUUGACUGGAAAGGCUCCUUUCAAAGAAGUCUUUUGUCAUUCCUUAGUUCGUGAUGCUCAAGGACGUAAAAUGUCUAAAUCUCUAGGCAAUGUUAUCGAUCCACUUGAUGUCAUAACUGGAAUUCCUUUGCAAGGCUUGCACGAUAAGUUGAAAACCGGUAACUUAGAUCCUAAGGAAUUAGUGAAAGCGACAGAAGGUCAAAAAUUGUCUUAUCCAAAUGGUAUUCCAGAGUGUGGAACUGAUGCUUUAAGAUUUGCUUUAUGUGCAUACUCUACUGGUGGUAGGGACAUCAACUUAGAUAUUUUGAGAGUCGAGGGGUACCGUAAAUUCUGUAACAAGAUUUACCAAGCCACAAAAUUUGCUUUGGGUAGAUUAGGUGACGACUAUGUCCCUCCUUCAACAUCAGCAAAAUCUGGAAAUGAAUCCUUAGUAGAAAAAUGGGUGUUACACAAAUUAACGCAUGCUUCUAAGGAAGCAGCCGAUUGUAUUGAUAAUCGUGAAUUUGGUGAAUCAACCAACGCUAUUUACAGGUUUUGGUUUGAUCUUUGUGAUGUUUACAUAGAGAACUCGAAGACUUUAAUUCAAGAUGGUACCCCUGAACAGCAGAAGUCUGCAAAAGACACAUUAUAUACCUGUAUUGACUCAGCUUUGAAAUUGAUUCACCCAUACAUGCCAUUCGUCACAGAGGAAAUGUUCCAGAGACUUCCACGCAGAUCAACAGAAACCGCAGAGACCAUAUCUAAGACAAUGUAUCCGCCGUAUAUCGAAGAGUUUGAUGAUCCUCAGGCUCAUAGUGCUUAUGAAUUGGUGUUAGAAAUCACAAAGGGUGCUAGGUCAUUAUUGUCGCAAUACAAUAUUUUGAAAAAUGGGCAAGUUUAUGUUGAGGCUACUGAUAAGGGUAUAUUUAACAUCGCUAAUCAGCAACAGGACUCAAUCGUUUCCUUGAUAAAAGGUGUCGAGAAAAUUACGGUCGUUGAUAACGCAAAGGAUGUGCCAUCAGGAUGUGCAUUACAAGUGAUUACUCCUGAAUGUACCGUUCAUGUUUUGGUCAAGGGACAUGUUGACUUAGAAGCAGAAAUUGCCAAGGUCAACAAGAAGAUGAGUAACGUUAAAGAACUUGAAUCCAAAGCUAAUGAGUCCAUAAGUAAGUUCACCGAAAAGACCAACGAACAAGCUAAGGUUUCUACAUUUAAGAAGCUCGAGAAAUACAAGGCUGAGAUUGAAGGUUACGAACAAACUAUCUCCAUUCUUGAGAACUUGAAACUUUAA